UAUAGUGGCACAUGGAAUCACCUGUGUAAUAUUGAAAUUACAGUUAAUGCAAAUAGCCUAGAACACAUCUGACUUUAUAGCACACUCGGAAGUGCUAUCUUAGGAACAUAUCAGCACAUCGUAUUAGAUAAGGGUGUUUUUCUCACUGCUACAAGCGAAAUACGAGGCUCUAAAUAAAUCAGUGUAUGUUCAUUUUACAUUGUUGUGUCGUGUAUUUGGCGCAGCGCGUUCAGAGAAGCUAGCGUGCACCCGUGUACACGGGAAGGGGGUGUGUGAGGAUACUGGCAGCGUUUCAUGCAGCUCCAGUGGACACCUAAAGCGGGACUCACUGUGUGUGUGUGUGUGUGUGUGUAAAGAGAGCUAACACACUCUCACACACUUAACAUUUGGACACAACAUGGCGAUGAGGCGCCGAGAGACACGACGACUCUUCCCCGACUAAACAACCACGUUAUGUUAUAGGUGGGGGGAGCGCGCGACAGGGAAAUACAUGAAAUUACGCGAAACUAAUUAUACCUUAAGAGAUUAUUCCCCGAAUUCCAUUAUAUGCAUGUAGAUUGUAGCGGUCAUAUAAAGCACACUUGCUUUACCCCGCUGCUGGAAAUCAAACGCUGUACAUGGCGGUGGAGAAUAUCUGGUUCUUCUGUCUACUUUCUCUGGGUUACUGUGGAUUAUCCGUGCAAGAGAAGCCUGUGUCCGUGGAGCUGAGCUGUGGUGCUGGUCCGGUCCAUGUGGUUCUGGAGCCUGAUCAUCCCUUACUGCUGGACUGCCAUCUGGGGGCCAGCGAGCCCCCCCUCAAUGUGACCUGGCUGCGGGAUGGAGCGGUCCUCUCUGAGAGCCAGACCAUCCGGCCUUUGCCCAACGGAUCCCUGCUUAUCUCGCCCUCCUCCACGGAUGGCCAGACUCCAGCGGGUGUGGAGGGUGGAUACAGCUGCCUAAGUACCAGCUCUACAGGAGCCCUGACCAGCCGGGCUCUCACCCUGCAUCUCGCCAGCUUGUCCCAUUUCCUUCAGGAUCCUGAGCCUCAGGUUGUGCCUGUAGGUGGCACUGCCCGGUUUGAGUGCUAUGUAGAUGGCUUGCCCACCCCAAGUAUCACCUGGGAGAAGGACCAGACACCACUACCUGCACCCACAGAAUCUCUAGAACCAUCCAGGUACAUAUCUCUUCCAAACGGGGUGCUGCAGAUUUUAGGAGUCUCUAAAGAAGACGAAGGCUUGUACCGUUGCGUGGCCUUCAACUCUGCCAGCAAGCGCUUCAGCCAAGAUGCUUCUCUCACAGUUAGCCCAGGUCUGUCUCAGGAGAGUGAGGUGGUGAUUGUGGCUCCACCGCGGAACUCUACAGUGGUCAUGGGUCGUCCAGCUGUGAUGGAGUGCAUGGCUCAGGGUGAGCCCAAACCCUUCGUGUCAUGGAGCAGACAGGAUGGGAAGCCUAUAUCUACAGAUGUGGUUGUCCUGGCAACCAACCUAGUGAUUCCUGACACCCGCAGUCACCAUGCUGGAGUGUACGUGUGUCGUGCCAACAAACCCAAGACCAGAGAUUUUGUCUCAUCUCCUGCUGAACUUCGAGUACUGGCUCCACCAGUCAUCCUCCAGCCCCCAGAGGCAGUGUCCCUGUCCCGGGGGAAUACGGCUCGGUUUGUGUGUAAUAGUUCUGGUGACCCUCCCCCUGCUCUGCGCUGGCUCAAGAAUGGAGAACCGGUCCAGUCUAAUGCCCGGGUUAAGACUCAGAACCCUGGAGUUCUGCUCAUCAACCAGCUGCGGCUGGACGAUGCGGGAUAUUACCAGUGUAUUGCUGCCAACAGUCUGGGCACCGCCUGUGCCACUGCCAAGCUGUCCGUCAUCGUGAGGGAGGGGCUGCCUAGCCCUCCUCGUCAUGUGUCGGCCACACCCCACUCUAGCACUUCAGCACUGCUCACCUGGGACCCACCUGAACACAACAGCGACCAGAUCAUCGGCUUCUCAGUACAUUACCAACGCACGGCAGGCUCAGACAACAUGGAGUAUCAGUUUGCGGUGAAUAAUGACACCACAGAGCUGCAUGUAAAGGAGCUGCUCCCUCACACAGCCUACACCUUCUAUGUAGUGGCCUACUCGCCCAUUGGGGCCAGCCGCCCGUCACAGCCCGUUACUGUGGAGAUGCUAGAGGAUGUUCCCAGCGCUUCUCCACAGCUGUCCCUGCUGAGCACAUCUCCCACUGACAUCAGAGUCAUGUGGCUGCCCCUCUCCCCUCAGCUGAGCCGUGGAGCCAUCAAACGCUAUCGCAUUGACUACAGAGCGCUGGAGCAGGUGGAUCACAUAUACUCUGUGGAAGUGGGUGGGAAUGAGACACAGGUGACUCUAAGGGAUCUGAAACCAAAUCAAACGUACCAGCUCCGGAUUGUGGCAGGAACACGAGCUGGGUUCAGUCAGCCUUCUGAGUGGGCCUCGCACCACACACCAAACCUUACUCAGGUGCUCUUUGCUCCCACUGAGCUCAAAGUGAGAGCCAAAAUGCAUUCCCUCCAUGUCACAUGGCAGCCACCGCCCAAUCACACUCAGAUCACCGGCUACAAGCUUUCCUGGUGGGAGGUGGAUGGAGAGGAGCUGACCAAUGAGGAGAAGCCUGUGAUCAAUGAGAAGAUUCAACAGAUCAAACUGAGGAAGAGAGUUAAACACCAUGAGGUCACAGGCCUUGCUCCUGAUCAGCUGUAUGAGGUGAAGGUUUGGGCGUUCAAUAAACAGACUGAGGGUUAUCCUGCUGUCUGGAAAGGCAGAACAGAGAAACUCACACGAGUGCGGACACCAAACCCUCUCCCACCAUUGCCGCCCAUCAGCAUCAGAGCUCGUGCGAACAGUUCCACCUCUAUCUGGCUCCGCUGGGAGAAACCGCACUUUAGCAAUGUGCGAAUCAUUAACUACACUAUACGCUGCAGCCCCGCAGGAAUACGCAAUGCAUCGCUGGUCUCAUACUAUACCAGCUCUUCUCAGGAGAUUUUACUGGGAUCACUUAAGCCCUUCACUAGCUAUGAAAUCGCUGUGCAAUCUAACGGAGUUGAUAUGAGUGGCCCCUUCAGCAGCACAGUGGAAGAAUCCACACUUCCAGACAGACCCUCCUCUCCUCCUGUGGAUAUGCAGUUGAGUGCUCUGGACUCAUUCUCUGUUCUGGUUAGCUGGCGCCCUCCACUGGAGCCAAAUGGAGUCAUUUUGACCUACUGGAUCCUCUACACUGGCAACAUCAGCCAUCCAGAUCACCUGUGGAUAAACCUCACACAUGAUGGUUCUGUCACCAAUGCAGAGGUCCAGGGCCUGAUGAGUGGGACUCGUUAUUAUUUUAAGAUGGGGGCCUGCACUGAAAUGGGGGUGGGACCAUAUUCACCUGUGAAGGAUGUGUAUACUCCUCCAAAGAAAUAUGAGCUGGAUAUUCAUGCUGUGACUGGUAUAAUAGUUGGAGUGUGUCUCGGUCUGCUCUGCAUCCUGUUCUGCAUGUGUGUCAGUUUCCGCAAUGGAAAAACACGGGAUGUCUCUGGUGGACUUGACUCAAGUUCUUUGAGUCCUCAGUACAGGAAGGGUGCCCGUCCAGUGCCUGCUACUGCGCCUGACUGCAGUGACUGCCAUGAACUGGAAACCCUCAUGCCCUCUAUUGCUCAAGACCCCAACAGACCCCUCACAGAACCCAGUGAGGAGCAGAGUCUCAUGGGUAAUGUAGGAGGGACUGAUGAUGGCCUUUCAGAAUCCAAGUCAGCCUGGAACGGAUCCGUUAGUCGGAAUUGGGCCAAUAGGAUCACUAGAUACAGAGAUACUAUAACCGAGGAUUCUUCGGCUCUCAUCAAUGGGGCUCUGGAGGGACCACUGACAGAAAACAGUAAGAGCGGGCAUGUGGAGAGGCUGUAUUCCCUCAGCAAGAACCAGGUGGAGGCUGAAGUCAUUGUGCAUUCACAGCUGUCUAACACGACGGCUGACCAGGGUCCACAAAGCGACAUGGAGCUCUGUCUCGAGUCUCCAUCUUCCCAGCACCCUUCUCCUGGAGACAAGGCAACUCCAUCAACCCCUCAUCCACCUUGUGCUCACAGCGAGGACAACCACGAGACACAAUCUCCAUCUCCAACCCCCAGCACUCACAUCUCUGAAGUUCUGUCCAAUCACAAUGGACCACUUGAGACUGGGUUUAGCCAGCCGACAGUGGGUGGUGCCAAAAACCAAGGAGUGGGGCUUACCAAUGGCUUCCACUCGUCCAAACCCCUUCGGUCAAAGGCAGAGACCCUGGAGAACGGGGCCCAUAGACUGUGCCCCACAGGAAAGGUUCUGUCCUCACCAGGUCUCCCCGCUUCCCCCUCAUCCUUCGCCAGCUCUGGCCUUGUCCAUUCUACCUCAGGGGCGCAUAACUAUGUGUACCCCUAAGCUGGAAGAGAAGGAGAAGUGUAAUAAAUGGUGUUCCUAAAGUUCUGGGACAGAAGGACAACAGAGGAGACCAACGAGUGGCACCUUCUUGCUGGGGGAGUUGAUGUUUUCUCGUAGCCACGUUCGCCUCCUCUCACGGCUGUUUUAUUGCAACCUUUUGGUUCCAUUAUUUUAUAUGUAUGUACAUAUAGAAUUAUUUUUUUAGGACUAGUAUCCAUGGAUAUGCAUUUUAUGGCAUAUCAGUGGCACACUUUAAUCCCUCUUUGUGUGCAUGUAUGGAAUGUGCUGAAGUGGUUUAUAUGUUUACAUGCACACAUGAAGUCAGAGUGUUCUUACUCUGAGGUGAAGUCGAAGGAUCCUGAAAUCAUCCCAGCAUAUGGAAACAAAACUCAUUCACGGGACAGAUGUCACGGAUCGAUCCGAGAUCAGUGCCAGUAGGUGGAGAUCCAUUUUGUCAGAGAAGAUUACCCUGCCACAAAUUGCCACCUCCUGCUGUCUCAGGGUUGCCACACACAAACACAUAGAUCCGUGCUUUCAAAAUGAUUAUUACAGGAAAAUAGCACCUUCUUCAGCUCUACAUGGAUAUUACGUAACCGUCUAUUCGAGUUUAAAGGGAUUGUGCACCCAUCAAUGAAAAUGUAGUCAUUUUUACUCACCCUCGUGUCGUUCCAAACCUGCGCACGGACAAAAACAUCUUAAAAAUAUCUUGUUUUGUUUUCUGCAGAAAGGAAGAAAGUCAUACAGGUCUGAAACAAUAUGAGGGUGAGUAAAUAAUGACAGAAUUUUCAGGUUUGGGUCCUUUAACUUGAUCAGAUCAGAGGUACAUCUUCACACACUUGCACGCAAACACAAUCCUGAAUACAAUACGAAUAAAAACACACAUUCCCUGACUGGAGCGUAGCAUCUCAGGAGUCUCAAAUUCAAGGUGCAUUUACAUAUACAUCAAAUACAUGUAGAAAACCAUGACAAAAAUGAAGAAAAAAAUAGUGAAGGAAAACAAUACAAAAAGAACACUAAGAGUCAUGUACUUUUUGUAUCAUUUCAACUCUGAGUGUACUUGUAAAGACACAUCACACUGAUUCAUGCUCCAAGUUUCUCUCAGUCAACAGCUCUACCUCAUUUCUUUACAGGAUUGUUUUUUUUUUUUUUUUCGGUGUGAUUUUAUGAGUAUAAUUAAGAAGGCGGCGACUUGUGUGCGUUUUUAAGCCGUCUGAUUCAUAGCCUUUGGAUAAUAGCAGAAUCUACUGCCCUUCUCACUCUGUGUCUGUUUUCUUGUGUAACGGUUACGGAAACUUUCGUCUCUGGUUAUUAGCCUGUGUGCAAGCAUGUGGUCAUUCGCUUGUGUAAUCCUUUGACAUGGGAGACAAAAAACUUGAUCAUCACAACAGUUUUGCAAUAUACCCUUCAGGUGAAGGGAUAUAAAAACAAUAGAAGGCUAAACACACGAUUUAACUCAAGACCUCAAGGUUUGUGUCCAUAAGAUCUACCUGUUGACAUGCCAGUCAUCUCUUUUUCUCAGGAACUUCUACACAGGGAGUCUGAGAAGAACAUUUUCAGCCAAACUAGGAAAUAGCCUCCAUCUCUCAGACAGGUCUCAUCCCGUUACCUUAUACUCUGUCUUUUGGCCACGCGUCUGCCACCAUUUAGGGUUCAUCUGGAACUGUAAAUAAACUUUGUUCUCCAUGCAAAAUCAUGCAUUGCUGCUGAGAGCAGGCUCUGUAUCUGUUGUGCUUCCUUUUUAUGCAUUUUUUAAUGCUUAUUUAAAGUAGUAUCUUUUAUGUUAAAGCUGUUAUAUUGGAAGAGAAACGUCAACAACUCUCAAACUCUUGCUGUCUUUCUUCAGGUCAUUGACAGGACUGCCCAUAAUGCCAACGACAACUCUAGGUCUAGUCAGUCUUUGUCAUUGCCACAGUUCAGCUGUUUGUCUUUGAUUUUUGACUCCUAAUUCAAUAAUUUCACAGAAUAGUGCUUUGGUGCUAGAGCAAGACUAGGUUCCUUUUAAGAUGGUCUUUUAAACAUUCCAGUUUUUGUAUGUACAGCAGGCCAAACUCAGGGCUGAUCAUGUAGGAAAUGAAGAUGAUGAAUGUCUGAAUUUAUUCUGGCUGCUUUUUUAACAACGUACAGUAAGCAUCUCACACACCGUCAGUCGUCUCAAUUCUAGAUGUAUAGUGGCCAGUCAACAACUCAUCCUUGAUCUGUAGAUUUAGAGUUGAUGAUUUUACUGAGAUUAUAAUGUAUUUUCUCAAUAUGCUUCCUGUCAGUUCUGUGUUAGAGGAAUAGCUCACACCCAAAAUGAGAAUUCUGUCAUCAUUUACUCACCCUCAUGUCGUUCUAAAUCUGUAUCACUUACUUUUUUCUGCAAAAAGAAGAUAUUCUGAAGAAUGUUUCUAAAACAACAUUGAACCAUAUUGACUUCAAUUACAGUAUAUGGACAAAACCAGUGUUGGGAAAAUUACUUUUAAAAGUAAUGCAUUACAAUAUUGCGUUACUCCCUCAAAAAGUAACUAAUUGCAUUAUUUAGUUGCUUUUUAUGAAAAGUAAUGUGAUGCAUUACUUUUGCGUUACUUUUUCUCACCUGGGUUGGGCUUGCUUGUUUGUUUUUUAAUAACAACAAAAAAAGUUAUACUUUUGGCAAAUGUAAAGGCCCUUUCACACCAAAAGCCUCAGGCUGAAUGAAAUGCAUAUUUACGCCUGUAGAGUAGAGGGCACAACUCAAACAAACCUUUCAGCAGCAAAGACAUUGGUUAAUAAAGUGAGAUUAAAUACAUAAAGUAUAUUUGUGUAACUUAAUAUAGUUAUUAUUACAGGUUUGCCUAAAAUUCUGAGAUUGCAUUUCA